AUGUUCCGGUCUCCCCUGAAGGGGAGCACCGAGGGGCAUCAGAAGGACACCAUAGGUCUGGAACCAAAGAUCCAGUGGGGAAGGCUGGAUUUAAUCAAAGUGGACCCCAGGAUAGAAAGGCUGGUGGAAAUAGAGACAGACAAUUUAAACCUAAGUGAGGAACAGAGAAAACAUCCCUCGCCCAUCAUACAGUGUGAGGCUGGGACCCGCACUACUGAUGCCCCGAGACCCCCGCUCUGUCACAGACCCCAGUGCGGCCGCUUAGUCAUGUCAGUUAACUCUGAACGGAUCACAGGAGCCUUACCUGAGAUUUAUGAGGACACGCUUAGGCACCAGGUGAUUAACUCAAAACAACAGGCGAUGCACGUGAAACGUGUUAACCCACGAGCCUGGCCGGUGGCCUUUCAAUCCCUGUAUGUUCCUUUGGAGACUCAGCGGUGGCCGGCGGCCCAGCUCCUAUCGAUUAGCACGCUGUUAAACAUUUAUGACAAGUUCGAAUUAAUUGGCCGCACUGAGGGGCCCCUGGGCCUGGGGUUCUCCAUGAGAAAAUUUGAGGUCUUCCUCGAGCAGAUGCCCCAGAACCGCUUCCCAGAGCAGGUGGUGCUGCCUCCUGGGCUGUGUUGGAUGCCGCCCCCAGCCUGCAGCUCUCUGAGGACCAGGGCAGCAGUAAUGGAACCCACGAUCGUCACCCUUUCCGCCCUUCCGAGAGUGUUGUUGCCCCCACUGGUGUGGCGGCAGGCCCGGGGCAUCCGGGCCUGUCCCUCUCAGCUCCUGCUCUCUCCUACCAACCGCACCAGGCCUGUGCUGGGCGACCUGGGGUGGCUGAAAGGGGUGGAGGUGCAGCAGCAAACAGGCGAGGUCCCUGCCCCUAGGAGCCGAUGUCUGGAGUGGGAGAGGCAGCAAGGAGCAGGAAAACCACCAUCCACAAGACUAUCCCAGGUGGGAGAGGUGCUGCAAGAAAGUGAACAGGGUGACAUUAGAGAGUCUGAGAGUCUGGCUCUGGGCCAGGGGACGGAGAAUGACAACCUUGGGCUGUAG